AAGAGAAAGUUAUCACAUUUUCAAUUUCACUUGAAUCAUUCAGUUGAAACAGUCAAAUUCGAAAUCAAAAUGAAAUUCUUUUUAUUCGUUGCACUUCUGACCGUCGGAGUUUGUGUCGCUUCUCCAAGUUUACCUUUCCUCGACCCAGCUUCCCCCGACCCAGCUUUCCCCGACCCAGAUGUCCCAGAUAUAGCAGAUGUCCCAAUUGUCCCAAUUGUCCCAGAUGUACCAGGUGGCGCUCCAAUUUGCGAUGAUCAAAUGGCGAUUGAGCAGCUCGAAUUGAUGGCAGCCCUGGCGGAAUCUGUUAAAGAGACUUUGAAGAGCAAGUGCUCAACUAAUGCAGCAAGUGGAGCAAAACUACCAAAUACUCCAUCAGAUAGAUGUCCACCAGAAGGAGGACCACCACCACGAGCACCACCAGCACCACCAGUAGUCACGCCGGAAUUGGUUGAUUAGGUUGAAAAGCAAAAUGAUGACAGCAGCUUUUUUAAAUUUGGCCAAUUCCUUCACAUUCCGUUUUUUGAUUAAAAAUAGUAAAUAAGAUUAUCUGGUUGCAAUCAGAGCAGGUUUUUUUUCAUGAAUCCUUCUGAUUCAUUUUUUCCCGCAUCUGUUCAGCCAGUUUUUGAAUGUGUUUAAUAAAUAAUUGAAUAAACAAAAGUUCCGCAUGAUAAACAAUCAAGAGCAAAAUCAAUUUUA